AUGAGCCUGGUGCUGGAGGCGUUGCUGGUCCCCCCGGGGGGGCUCCGCAAGGAGCCCUCUCGCCUCGCUCCGCGCUCCGCCACCUCUUCCAGCGGCUUCCACUCAUGGUCGGGACCCCCGGGCCCGGCGGGGCGAGCGCGGGGCGGCGGCGGGGGAAGCGCGGCCGCUUCCUCCACCGAGAGCCUGGACUCGCUGAACGGCGAACCGCGGGCGCGUAACGAGAAGGAGCUGCUGCAGGUCCUCAACGACCGCUUCGCCGGUUAUAUCGAGCGGGUGCGGGCGCUGGAGCAGCAGAACCGGGCGCUGGCGGCAGAGGCGGCGGCGCUGCGGCAGCAGCAGGCGGGGCGCUCGGCCAUGGGCGAGCUGUACGCCCGGGAGCUGCGCGACAUGCGGGGGGCCCUGGUGCGCCUGGGGGCCGAGAAGGGGCAGCUGCGGCUGGAGAGGGCCCGCCUGGCAGAGGACGUGGCCGCGCUGAGGGGCAGGCUGGAGGAGGAGGCGCGACAGCGCGCCGAGCUGGAGGCGGCGGCCCGCGGGCUGGCCCAGCGCUCUGCGCAGGAGGAAAGGGCCCGGGGGCCUCUGGCGGAGCGAGCCCGAGCGCUGCGGGAGGAAGCGGAGCUGCUGCGGAAACAGCACCAGGACGAGGUGGGCGCGCUGCUGCGCGGUGCCCGUGCCGAGCUGCCCGCUGAGCCCCCCGCCUCGCUGCGGCCCGGGGUCACCGCAGCGCUGCGCGACCUGCGGGAGCAGCUGGAGGGCACGGCGGCACGCAGCACUCUGCAGGCCGAGGAGUGGUUCCGCGUGAGGCUGGACAAGCUCUCUGAAGUUGCCAAGGUGAACACAGACGCCAUGCGCGUGGCUCAGGAGGAGAUCUCUGAGUACCGCCGUCAGCUCCAGUCCAAGACCACUGAGCUCGAAGCCCUCAAAGGGACACAGGAGUCCCUGGAGAGGCAGAGGCAGGACUCGGAGGAACGCCAUCAUGCAGAUGUCCUCUCCUAUCAGGAAACCAUCCAGCAGCUUGACAAUGAGCUGAGAAACACCAAGUGGGAGAUGGCAGCUCAGCUCCGCGAAUACCAGGAUCUGCUCAACGUCAAAAUGGCCCUGGACAUUGAAAUUGCUGCCUAUAGAAAGCUCUUGGAAGGGGAGGAGUAUAGGAUUGAGACCGGCUUUGGAAUGGUCUCCUACCCUGAAGUGAUCCCCAAGGCUCCCAGCAUCGCCACCAACAUCAAGGUAAAGAGUGAGGAGAAAAUCAAGGUGGUGGAGAAAUCUGAGAAGGAGACAGUGAUUGUGGAGGAGCAGACAGAGGAAAUCCAAGUGACUGAGGAGGUGACUGAGGAGGAGGAGGCUGAGAAAGAAGCUGAAGAGGAGAAAGCUGAAGAGGAGAAGGAAGAGGAGAAAGCUAAACCAGAGGAUGAAGAAGAAGCCAAGUCUCCUGCAAAAGAUAAGGCCAAAUCCCCAGAGAAACCUGAGUCCCCUACAAAGGAGGAAGCCAAGUCCCCAGCAGUCAAGUCCCCUGAAAAGCCUUCAAGCCCCUCAAAGGAGGAGGCCAAGAGCCCACCUGUCAAGUCCCCAGAGAAACCCACGACCCCAGCUGUCAAAUCCCCAGAAAAACCCCCAGUGCCCUCAAAAGAGGAGGCCAAGAGCCCACCUGCCAAAUCCCCAGAAAAACCUGCAACACCCUUAAAAGAGGAGGCAAAGACUCCAACUGUGAAGUCCCCAGAAAAGCCACCGAGCCCUACAAAGGAGGAGAUCAAGCCUCCAUCUGUUAAAUCCCCAGAAAAGCCACCAACCCCCUUAAAGGAGGAGGCGAAGAGCCCAGCUGUCAAGUCCCCAGAGAAACCUGCAACCCCCUCAAAAGAGGAGGCCAAGUCCCUGGCUGUCAAGUCUCCGGAAAAGCCUGCAACCCCUUCAAAGGAGGAAACCAAGACCCCAGCAGUCAAGUCCCCAGAGAAACCCACACCCCCCUCAAAAGAGGAGGCCAAGACCCCAGCUGCCAAAUCCCCAGAGAAACCCGUGUCUCCCUCAAAGGAGGAGGCCAAGACCUCGACUGUAAAGUCCCCAGAAAAAGCCAAAUCUCCACUGAAGGAGGAAGCCAAGUCCCCGCAGAAGGAAGUGGCCCCAGCCAAGGAGCCUGUCCCCUCCCCUCCAAAGGAGCCCAAGGCCCCUGCAAAGGAAGAGCAGCCAAAGGAGGAGAAGGCUUCCCCCAAGCCUGCAGCAGAGGGCAGGAAGGAUGAGGCUCCCAAGAAGGAUGCUCCAGCCAAGGCAGAGGAGAAGCCCAAAGAGAAGGCAGCUGCCGGGCCUCCUGCCACACAGGUGAAGGAGACCAAGGCUGCCUCCAAACCUGCAGAAGAAGGGAAAGCUGAGAAGGAUGCUCAACCAAAGCCUCAGCAGGAGGCUGGCAAAGCAGCUGUGAAGGAGCCAGAGAAGCCUAAGGCUGAGGAAAAGGCGGAGGAACCAAAGAAAACGGUGGAGGAACCAAAGAAGGUGGAAGACCCCAAAUCAAAACCCAAAGACGACUCCAAAGCCAGUAAAGAGCCCCCCAAAGCUGAGAAGCCCCCCAGCAAGGAGGGCAAAGCCCCAGAGCCGGCACCCGCUGCAGGAAAGAAAUGAGCGGAGCUCCUCCGGGAGCUGGAGCUGCUCCGCUCCCCUCCGAAGGGUGAGACGGGGACGGUCCCCACCCGGGGUCCCCCCCAGCCAGGCCUUACCUUAGCAAUAUGUUUGUGAGAGACACAGCCCCUCGCUGCCCCACGCCAGUGGUAUGUUCCGAUCGCUUCAGUAGCAGAAUGUGAUCCAUGCAGAGCGCCACAUUUAACACUUGAGUUCUAACGAGGAAAACAGACCCCGGGGGAACCGACUGCCCUUCUCCAAUAAGUGCAUUUAUUUAUUGUAUGUGCAAUCGAUGGACAAGUGCAACUCAGAGCUCUAGCUGCUUGGGAGGUGUGCCGUGGGCUGGCUGGCAGAGUCCUUCCCUCGCUGGGGUGACGAGUGGCCCUCUGGGUAGCAGCCCCAGCUGUAGCUGGCUUCGGGGAAGAGGUUAGGAACUGCAGGAAUGCCCACGGAAAUACGACGUGCACUAGGAAACUCGAGCCCACUGUCAAUUGCUUAUGUGCAAUAACCAAAUAAAGUGCUUACAGAGACA